AUGUCUGAUUCAGGCCUCCUGUCUGAUUCCAAACAGUGUUCUCCGAUGUCAGGUAAAACCAUGCUAUCGGGAAUUGACGAGGAGCCAACGGAGAAUGGUCAUGAUGAGGAGUUGAAAGAUGGCUUAUUGGAACCGCCAGAAAUGUAUAUGAAAGACAGGCGAAGAGCGAAAUCCCUGCCCGCGUACCCAAAGCAGGCUACGCUUUUUGAAGAAAUAGCCAAUAACGGCCGAAAACGGGUGAAGUUCGCAGACUCCAUGGGGCUUGAUUUGGCAAGUGUGAAGCACUUCAGCACAACAGAAGAACCGCAAAUCCCUUCCAAGGUAUUUUUAAGACUGCAGAGCUUUCCCCCUCAACAACAGGACCGAGAGUAUCCAAUUGGGGACCUGUGCAUAAACUUUCAAUCCACCUUGACCAUGGACCGUCUCGUCCCAACUUUCAAGAUGCCAGUUGAGUCUGAACAUUUUGAGACCACGGUAUUGCAGCGCCACGUCAACCUGGAGAAGGUGACCAUCACCCGGUUUGACGUCCGUGGGCAGAUUCGGACAAAUAUUCAAAGUUGUUGCACGAGGGAAGUUGGUGUGAGGUACACGUUCAACGAGUGGCUGUCUUCCGUGGACGCGCAGGCGAUACCCAUGCCUGUGGAUGACAAUAUUCUCGGUGAGCGUUAUACCUUUACCUUGUACACACCUCCGUUCCUAGACCCAACUUCCUCGGUGCACUUCGCCGUGUACAUCAGGAAUGACCAGGGCGAGUUUUGGGAUAACAACAAUGGACAGAACUAUACCUUGAAGUAUCACUGUACAGGCAUGGUGACCUACGAGAGCGCGGCAUUUCACGCCACUUAA